ACGAAAUAGCCUGAGGGAGCCUGUGAUGAGUCCAUGGCAGCAUGUGUCGUGUGAGAAGGAAGCAUUCAGAAGUACACCACAAUGGCGGCUAACACCUUCGACUUGGAGGAUAGAGACAACGAGAGCAAGGAUGUCGAAGAGAAGGAGGAAAAUAGAUGCAAAUUCUUUUUCAUAAUCUUCCUCAAAUUUAUCUUCUUCCUCGCAUUCCUCUACUUAUUUAUUUGCUCUUUGGAUUUUCUCAGCUCGGCAUUCAGACUUCUCGGUGGUAAAGCGGCUGGACAGGUUUUCCAGAACAAUGCGAUCCUUCAGAAUCCCGUGACUGGUUUGAUGAUCGGUGUUCUUGCCACAGUGCUGGUCCAGAGUUCCUCCACCAGCACAUCUAUUGUGGUUUCACUUGUAGGGGCUGGAAUUUUGGAGGUUAAAACAGCCAUCCCCAUUGUGAUGGGCGCCAAUAUUGGUACUUCUGUCACCAAUACGAUCGUAGCUCUUGGACAAAUCACGAGUAGGAGGGAGUUCCGUCGGGCAUUUGCUGGGGCCACCGUCCACGACAUGUUCAAUUGGAUGACAGUGAUAGUUUUCUUACCACUGGAAGUCAUUACAGGAUACCUAUAUCAUUUGUCCGAGCUUACCGUGAACAGCUUAGCACUGGAAGCGUACGCCGACGGAAAGAAAGACUUCCUGAAAGUGAUAACGAAGCCGUUCACAAAGCGAAUUAUUCAGGUCGACAAGAAAGGAAUUCAAAAGAUUGCACAAAAUGAAGACGUUGAUACUUUGUUGAAAAUUUGCUGCAAGUCGAAAACAUUGAAGAAUGUUAAUGAAACAUUUGCAAAUGGAACAAGCUACAUAUUAUCGUCAAAAAAGAUAUGUGUGAAGGAAUGCGAGUACAUCUUUAAGGACACCACUCUGAGUGACAAUGAGAUUGGCGGCAUAUUACUUGUUGCAUCUCUUAUUCUUCUUUGUUUCUGUCUGUUUGUAAUCGUCAAGCUUCUGAAUUCAAUAUUACAAGGUAAAAUACGGAAAGUUAUAAAGAGAUUCAUCAACUACGAGUUUCCUGGGCGUUGUGGCUAUUUCACAGGAUACCUCGCUAUCAUUGUUGGCUGUGGUCUUACUAUCCUAGUACAGUCCAGUUCUAUUUUCACAUCCACUAUGACGCCUCUUGUCGGAGUAGGCGUUGUCAGUCUUGAAAGAAUGUAUCCCCUGACAUUGGGUUCAAACAUAGGAACAACCACGACGGGUAUCCUCGCGGCACUUGCGCAAGACGGGAACAAGAUGAGAAACCCUUUACAAGUAGCAUUCUGUCAUCUCUUCUUCAAUCUCUCUGGAAUUCUUCUUUUUUAUCCUAUACCGUUCUUAAGAAUUCCAAUACCUUUAGCAAAGUUCUUGGGUAAAGAAACGUCAAAAUAUAGAUGGUUUUCCGUUAUGUACUUGAUCUGUAUGUUUUUCUUGCUUCCCCUAAUGGUGUUCGCUUUAUCUGUGGCUGGUUGGGAGGUCAUGGCGGGAGUUCUUAUUCCGGUAGCUACUUUGAUUAUCAUAAUCGUUAUAAUCAAGAUCAUACAAGCAAAGAAACCUUCCAUUCUACCAACAAAGCUCCAGGAUUGGAAAUUCUUACCUAUUUGUUGUCGAUCGUUGGAACCAGUCGACAGAGUGAUGAAUAUGUGUUGUUGUGAAAAAUGUACUUCUUUGGACGAUUCUGAUUCCGAGACAGAAGAAACCACGCCAGAGAUCAAGGCCAACAGUGGCAAUGACAACAACGAGGUCACACACAUAUGAAACUUUCAUCGUCGGGACUCAAAGGAACCGACACCCGUUAAACCCUUCUGAAAUUCAUUUACAUUUCGUGUUUGUGUUUUGUGACAUUUAUAAGAAGCAAAAGCAGCAAGGAUUUGUAAUUGGUUAUUAUUAUUAUUAUUAUUGAAUGCACAAACGCGAUACUGCAAUACAUUCAAACAUCUUUUUAUACUGAACCACCCUAUCUUGUAAAGUGAAAAUGAAAUUUUAAUAUAUAUUAUAUUUGUGCACUUAAAUUUAGAAAUAGCACUGAUCUCUACAUAUAACCGUUUCUUUGGACGAUUCUGAUUCCGAGACAGAAGAAACCACGUCAGACUUUCAUUGUCGGGACUUUCAAAGGAAUUGACACCCGUUAAACCCUACUGGCAUUUAUUUACUUUUCCGGCUUGUGAUGGUGCAGUAUCCAUUCAUACCGAGGCGUAACGACACAACAUGAUUUAACUCCAAUUAAUGUUGUUUGUUUUUUUUUUUUAUAUAGUUUAUAAGAAGCAAAAGCAACAAGGAUUUGUAAUUGGGUUUUAUCAUUAUUAUUGAAUGCACAAAGGCGAAACUACAUUACAUUCAAACAUCUUUAUUUUACUGAACCGCCCUAUCUUGUAAAGUGAAAAUGAAAUUUUAAUAUAUAUUUAAAUAUUUGUGCACUUAAAUUUAGAAAUAGCACUGGUCUCUACAUGUAAUCGUUACCAUUGAAUGGCUCUCGCUGACUACUUAUGAUAAUGGUCGUCGAAAUUCAUCGAGUGGGAAAAACCUGGAUCUAGCAAUCUCGGGUGUUACAUUUGUAGCAUUGAAAGUUUAAAGUGAUACCGUUUUUUUUUUAUAAAGAAUUAAAUUUAGUUUCAGUGCCUUAUACACAAUUUACGUAACUGAAAAUGCAUUAGAUCUUCAUAUCAACACAUCAACACACUUUGUAUAUACAUGUAACUCAUUGUGAAUAUAUAUCAUUAUCUAAGGAUAUGAUCGAUAAUAAAAGCUUCAUUAUAAAAGGAAUGAAUGAUUCAUCCCAAGUAUUUAUGUACUUACACACACACAAAAAAAGAAGUGUUUUUUUCUCACACAUAACAUCCUAUUUGUUAAUUCAUCAACCAAUGACAGGUGCCUUUAAUUAACAUAUGACUAAAUGUAAACAGGAUGUGUGCUGUCAAUGACAAGUAGAUAGACGCCCAUACACUUCAGUCAUAUUUAUUGCACAUUUCAUACAUGUUUCUUUUACUUACUAAUUCAGACAUUCCAAUAAUUACAUCUUUCUUCCUGAAUAUCACAAUCAAAGCUUCUAACAUUCAAACAUAAAUAUAUCACUUCCUCAUACGCAAUAUUUUGUAUUCAUUACACAUCGGUAACACGUAAUAACUGAUUCAACUCAAUGAUACAUUGCAUCAUGUACAUUUACUGGUUCAACACUAUCAGUUUUUUUCUUAUGACAACCUCAAUCAGUUCUGGUCAGACAGGUAUCACUUAUUGUUUUUAUCCCAAUCAUCAACAGAUAAAUUAACAAUAAGCUACCUGUGAGUUUUAAGGAAUUCAAAAGUAGUACAUUAAUGCUAUAAUUUCAUUGUAUCAAAAAUCAUUUCAAUUUGUGUAGACACAAUGCCUUACUUACGCUGACCAAAUACUGAAAUUCUAAGAUAACUAUCUCUGGACUAGAUAGCAAUGUCAUUUCCACAGUGUAAACUGACGUUCCUCUGACCACUGCACUAGAAUUAAGAUAUUUUGAGGUAAAUGUCGGGUAUAGGCCCAAACAAAUCUCUCACAGUGCGACAGAAAGGUUUGGUGUAAGAGGAAACACAUCAGACAUUCAGAUAAAACUUUGACUGGCACAAAGUCCAACAAAGUUAUUAUCAAUCAUAAUACACAUGAAAGCAUUAGUAUUUUUCAGAUACCAUUUUUUUCAAACAACAUUUGAGUGUAGACUAAAGGUUACACAAGUACAUACAUUUCGAUUCGACUUGCAAUUCAAUCCAAAUUGAGUGCAAUCCAAUUGUACUCUAUGCAUGAUCUCAUGGCAAUCGCAUGACCUAUGAGGAUAUGCUAAUUCCACAGGCAAAUCACUUGUUGAGAAGACGUAGCAGUCUGUGUGAUUAAUAGAUGUAUAUCACUUUGAUAGUCCUGUUUCACUAAGUAUUUUGACAUUAUCAUUUUUUUUGAUACCCAGGGAUCAAUCUGAUACUAUUUCAUUAGAGCUGUCUUCCCAUGAUUUUGAUCUAACAUAAUUUUUUUUUCUAUUUUUGUUUUAUAGAUAGCAUGCAUAUGUGAUCAUUUUAUUUUUUAUGAGUAUAUUUACGACAGUAUUUCAACUUCUGAAUUACUAGGUGUUGCACAUUGAGCAGACUUGCUCAAACCUAGAAAAAGUCAAUUGCAUUAGGAAGUAAAACUAGACGGAAAUAUUAUCAUUGACUUAUCUAUUAUUUCUUAGAAAUAUUUAAUGUACAUGGUAUUAACUUUUUAAAAAACUUGAUUAUUACAUAUCAUUAACUGUCCAGGGUAUCUGUUAAAUAUCUCACUUUUUAAACCCAGUUAUAAUUAGAUAUCUGCAUAAAUUUGCUGUUUACUUCAAAGAAAUUAUGAUACAUUUGUAUAUGACAUGGAAAUAAAGAAUAUUGACUUGA